UGUUGCAAAAUGCCUGCGAAAUUUGCGCUACAUUCAACUUUUUAGAUUUAUGAAAUGAGAUUCAGUAGUCUAUUCGUUUCAAGUGGGGGUGCUUCAGUGGUUUGUUUGGAAAAGGAAGGAAGUUCGUAGCAGGAAAAGCGAAGGGAGGUCUAUAAUUAUCUCAAGUCAUUUAUCAGAAUUUACCGUCAUUUUCCCAAGGACAGUAUGGUGAGGAUUUUACGCGCCUUGGAAUGUCCGGACUGUUUUAGAAUUGCUUGAAAAUAUAAAAACAAAAUAAAAAGUAUUAAAGAGAAACUUCUACAGUAAUUUAUAUAUUUUAAGAUGCUAGUGGAAACGUUGAGUUGAAUCAUUUUACACGACAGCACUACCAAUCAGUAACGUUACGACUCAUCCACUCUAUUUGUCUAGGCUACGAUCUGAGUGAUGGACAGAGACAUUGAAGAGCAGGACCCCCUCGCCGUAGACCCGGUAGACAGAGAUGGGAGACAGAUGGGGGAUGCGGAAGGUGAUGAUGACGGGAAUAGGAAGGUUGGAUGCUGCGAGAGGUUCCAUCGCUCCAUCUCCAAGUGGAUGCUUCCGGAAGAACUCCACGAACAGUACCGGGAGCGAGCCAACUGCUGCCCCCCUCCCAUCUUCAUCAUCCUCAUCAGCAUCGGAGAGCUAGCAGUGUUCAUCUACUAUGCGGUGUGGAAGCCCCAGAAGCAGUGGGUCACCCUGGGCGAGGGCAUCUGGAACAGCCCUCUCACUUACAAGUCUGACCGGCGGGAGGAGGCGUGGCGCUUCGUCUCCUACAUGUUUGUCCAUGCUGGCGUGGAGCACAUCCUGGGCAACCUGGUGAUGCAGCUACUGCUGGGCAUCCCGCUGGAGCUGGUCCACAAAGGCUUUGAAGUGGGCAUGGUCUACAUGGCAGGCGUCCUAGCAGGCUCCCUGGCCAGCUCCAUAUUUGAUCCCCACAGUGCUCUGGUAGGGGCCUCUGGGGGGGUAUAUGCCCUCAUAGGUGGAUACUUCAUGAACGCUGUUGUGAACUUCAGAGAGAUGAUUCCUCUCCUUGGAGUGUUUCGUAUUGGAGUGAUUGUGAUUAUCGUCGGGACAGAUGUCGGAUUCGCCCUUUACAGAAGAUUUCUUACUCACGACGUUGGCUUGAAGGUUUCGUUUGUGGCGCACAUUGGAGGAGGAGUGGCUGGGAUGACCAUUGGUUACGUGUUCUUCAGCGCCUACAACCAGAAGCUCCUGAAGGACCCGCGCUUCUGGCUUUGCAUAGUCGGCUACGUAGUCUUCCUCUUGUUCGCUGUGCUCUUCAACUUCUUCCUUUCCCCUGCAUAAUUUCACACUAUACAAAUGAAUGCGUUUUGAAUAACGGAAAUAGGGCAUUUCAGGGACUUGGUAGGUUAUCUAAAAAAAUGUAAACCUCUACUGCAGGAGAGAAGAGAUUUAAAUUGAAAGAGGGAUUCCUAGUUGAAGUGUAGCAUUUCACUCAGCGCACAUUAUCUUUGUUACAUGUUUUUUUUUGUGAUGUUGAUAAUGAAAUGCAUUAUUAAUUUGAUCUCUAGGUUUUGUACUGAACUCAAUAUACCUCAGUUAAUUGGUGUUACGGGUAUUUUAUCCAUAUGAUGUGUGUCCUGAUUUAGUCAGUGAGGUAGGACAUUAUUUCCCCAAGCAGGUCCUUUCCUCUAAGUUUUAGAUUGGCCUACAAGUGUGUGUGUUUAGGUGUGUUUUGGGGGAAUUUUCAAGCCAUCAGGAGCAAGUGUGUCAUCUGUUGGUUAACGGCGUGUCAAUUCGUAAACAAGCCAUGAGAAUGGCCCAAUGCCAGGUUAUUGUUUCACUUCCCUGUUGACAGGAUGAGACACUGUCUGACAAUAGCACAUAUCAAUGUUAAUCUGCUCACAUAUCCUUGGCUAAGCCUCUUUCAAGUAUAAUUUAUUGAAGGCAUGAUAUUAAUUUGUGUUUCUCUUUAGCUUUUACUACUUGCCAGCAGUUUUGAAUUUCAGUCAGUCUGUUAACCCUUUGGUUGUUUAGGAUGUUUGUGUACAGUGGAACAGUAGAGGGCAGCACUUUCCAUUGUAUAUUAGGCAUUGUCUAUAUAAUUUCCAUUGUGCCACUGUGUAUUAGUCUACAUAACUGUUUAGUAUGACAGUCCAUGAGGAAAAUGAAAAGGUCAUUGAAAAGGCCUCAUCUUAUGCCAUUUGUAUGGCAUAUUUUUUUAUUGGUGAUAUCUUCAAAUGUUUUUCCUAAACUUAUUUGUGGUGAUAUUUGUUAGUUGGUAUGUGAAACCAAAUGGCGGUUCAACAAACCUCAAAGAAACCAAUACAUACUUUAGGUAUUUAUUAUGUAAUUACAACUUGUACAAUGUACUUUCAAAGUGUAUGUCAGGUAGAUAGCAUAACAUUCCAAUUGUAAAUGACUUGUUUUGUAUUUUAAGCUCUUUUUUUUCAUCUCCAGACUCAAUCUUGUAUCUUUUCAUCACUUUUACAUUAAAUGUUAUUUUACAUUUCCAAAA